AUGUAUCUCCAAUGGAAUCUGAAGUCUCAAAGGAAUCAUCAACAAGUUUGGCAUGACAAUCCUAAUAUUAUUGUUCAUAUUGAUUGUUCUUCCCACAAGCAAGAAGUUGUCAUUGAAGGGAAGAUUGAUGGUCAGGUUGGAGGUCCUCCCAACAUUGAACAACCAACAUUGGUUCAAACGAAGAAGCUAAAGAAGAAUAGUGAUUAUGACAUAAUUCUUCCUAUUGGAGUUCCUUCUCAUAUUUAUAGAGUUUUGAUUAAUCAAAAACAUGAUAUUGUGUUUGGUGAAGCUGAUAUUGGUGUUCCUCUUACUGCUGGUGGAAAUGUGAUUGAUGUUACACUCAUGUUUGGACCUAUAAGAGGUCAUCAUGUCAUUCAAAAGUCUUUUGGUGAGAUGACUCAUAAACCAAAUGUUGAUAAAUAUGUGCCAAACAUCUUGUCUGGCAUGUUGAUAGAGUCUCAAAUUCAUAAAGAGAAUGGUGAUGUGACCCCUGAGAAUAAUUUUGUGAGUGAUAAUGAUCAUAUCCAUGAAGAUGUUGAGGUUGAUACCAUUUUAACCCACAGUGAUGUUGUUAAUAACCAUGAUUAG